UCAAUCCUAAAUUCCUAACCUGGAGCUUUUGAAAUACCCAAAUUUUCAACCCUGACCUAGGACUAAACUCAUCAACUCAAAUACUGUACAGAGCAUCUUUGCUUUUAGUAACAUUGUAAACACAAUCACAAACAAACAGUAGAGGACCUAGGGGAUCCUAGGGGUAAGUGUCCCGCUUCCAACCACGAAAUUUAGUAUUACUGUAUUAGUACUUAUGAUAAAAUGAGUGCUCCCUGUGAAACAAAUUUUAAGUAUUUACUUAAAAUUGAUCGCAAAUAAUAAUAUAUGAAAAUAUCGGGUACAAUCUCUAAAUAUGAAUCCUCUGAUUCUUCACUUGUAAUUUGAUAUGAAUAUAAUUAAAGAAUUUAAUUUAAAAUUAAAUCUCUAAUUCUUCAAAACUCGAACGUUCUUCGAUUCUUCGAAUCUUCGUUCUUGAGAUCUUCGAAUCUUCGAACUUCGUUCUUCAGAUCUUCAAAUCUUCUUGAAUGCAAAAUUCAAUAUUGAAGGGCCUCCGGUUUCAAGUAGCUUGAUCUUCAACAAAGGGGCCGUUAUGUGGCUUGAUCUUCUGUUAAAGGGCUUCCCGGGAUAUAUGGCUUGAUCUUCAAUUGAAUAUUGAUUCAAUCUUCAUAUGAAUAUCUUCAAAUCUUCAAAGAUUCGUUCUUCAUAUCUUCGAAUCUUCAAAGCUUCGUUCUUCAGAUCUUCGAAUCUUCAAGCUUCGUUCUUCAGAUCUUCGAACGUUCUUCAACUUUUGGCUUUGUUUGAUCAAGAAUCGAUGAAAUCACAAAGGAUUAUUCAUAUAUUCUUGACAAAAACGUGGCUUGAUCUCUUCCUCUUCUUCGGAAUCCUUCAGAGCCUUUCGAGAGUUCUUCAGAGCUUUGCUGCAGCGUUUUUUCGUCUGGAAGUUCUCUUUUCUUUCUCUCAACUGAGACCCCUAUUUAUAGGUGUGGAGGGGGUGAAAAUAUGGAUUUAGGGUUUAGCAAAUUCGUCCAUAUCCCUUGGGCUCAAGUGGAAAUGGGCUUCGGGCUCUAUUUUCUUGUAUUUUAAUAGCCAGAAAAAUCAGCACUUGUACAAUGUAUCUGGACAGCUUUCUUAACAAGGUUCGGAGCUAUUUUCCAUGUACAUGGAAGGAUUUCUUGGCCAGAUUCGUUGACCUCUUUAUCAAUUGGAUCAUGCCUCUUAUAUAUUGGGCCGCUAUUUGAUAAUGGACUCAAAAUUAAUAGGACCAGUCCAUUCUUUUAAAGACUUAAUUUAUAAUUAAAUUAAUUGGACAUUUGAGCGAUCCGAAUUAACUUAAUCACUAAAUUAUAUCCGAAUGGGCCCAUAUUAAUAUUAUAUUUUAUCAGGCACAAUAAUCAUCACAAACAGCUCAGUAGAAUCCGAUGUUGGUCCAGUAGCCUCCAAAAGAGACCCAAUAAGGCGUAUAAUAGUCCGAUAAUACUUAAAUGAGCUCAAUAAUAUUAAGGACCAUCAUAAAUAAUAAGUCCAAAAUAUUGAAUAAUUUUCAAUAUCCACAAAUGCCCCCUCGAGACUUGCUUGGAUGUACAGAUUUUAUUUCCACGAACAAGUGAGUCUCAAAAAUUGAUUUUAGUGACCUAUCAGCUGUAUGUAGUUGACAGAUGUACUCCCAAAUCCCAACUUUGACUUAAAGUAGGAAUUCUCAAUUGCAACUACGGAGUAUAUUCCAAAUUAUACGAACGUACAACCUAAACUAGGAAUUCUCAGAUGCAUUCAAACAAUAGCUGGAGGUACCUAUUUAUUCGGAUCAUUAAUUAAGAGGUUCCAAAUUGUAUUUCAUUCGGACUUUCUCUUCUAUUAGGAAUUUUAUCAUUCUGGCUGAUUUUUAAGAUCCGAAUUCCUCUCAUAACUGUGUAUAUAUACACCCAGCUGAUCGUCUUUUGCAUCUCCAAUUGUAUUCCCGGCUUGUAAAAGAUUGAUGAAAAAAAAAAAACCUGUAACCAUAAAGCUGAUCGAAAUCCCUGAAGCCAUAAAGCAAUAGGUGACAUAAUGGACGUUCAAGCCUUCGCCCGAUUAUCCAAGAAGCUGGCCCAGGUGCCGAAGAAGAAGAAGGACGAGGGGUCCUCGAACCAGCCCCUCGUCGAUGAGGUGUUGAAGAAAGCAGGGGCUCCUAAAGUCCCGGAGGGUGGGGACCCCUCCAAGAAAAUUGCCGCUGAUUCCGGUACUAGUGCCGGAGGCUCCCAAGCCGGGGAGCUUAAGAGAAAAAACACCGGGAAGGGCUCCAAGCCUCCGGUGACUAAGAAGCAGAAGGGGGCCGAUGAAGGUAAGGGUGCCCCCCUUGUGAUCCUUGAAGAGCCCUCCUCCUCGCACCUGGUGGAUCUUGACGAGGGGGCCUGGCCGCAAGAGACGGUGCGGUUCUCCUUUAAGAGGGGGACUGCCAUCGUGCACGGCACCCUCGAUCCGAGGGAAUAUCUGAAGGGUGCCACUCCCCCUUUGGAUUGCUCGACCCUCGGUAAGUUCGAGGACGAAGCCCUCGAGCGAAGAGCACUCGAGGCCUCGGUCACUGCUAGCCUGGCCUUCGGUGAAUAUGUCCGGAGAAUGGAGCAGCUUCGCCUCCGGAAGGCGGAAGACGACGAGGCCCUCAAGAGGCUUGUCGUCAAGAACACCGAGGCCAUCAGGAAGAUGGCUGAGCUGGAGGAGGCCCUGAGGCAGGCGGGCGACAAGCUGGAGGCCGUGAGGGUGGAGGCUCGCGCCGAGGGGAAGGCUGAAGCGGAGAAAGCCGCUGCCGAUGCCGCCAGGGAAGCAGCCGAGGAAGCUGAGAGAGCAAAAACUGAGGCCGCGGCCAAAGCUAGAGAAGAUGCCGUCGCCGCAUUUGUAUCUGAGGGUUGGAAGGCCGAGGACCGCAAGGAGUGGGUGGCCUCGGUUAUAGAGCAAGGUGUCGAUGCCUGGGUGAAAGGCCCCGGAUCCGAGUGGAUGGCCUUAAAGGGCAAAGACUACUUUGACGGGGGCGAGUUUUUCACCCAGCGCCUCAUCUACCGGAAGCUGGCGGAGCACUUCAAAAUCCCCAAGGACAAGUUCGACCCUUCGGCGUAUGGCCUCCCCCCUCAGCAGCCUGAUGUUAGGGUCCCCCUCCCAGAAGGCGAGGAAAGGGUUCAGCUUGCGGACUCCGAAUUAAUGAGGGAGUAUGGCCUUCAUGAUGAAGAGGGUGCGGAAGAUGAUGCGUCCUCCAAGCCGAGGGAUGACGUGGUCGAGGAUGCCCAACCUUAAGAAUUUCUUUUAAUUGCAAGCUCUGUAAUAGUAGUAGGCCCCGGCUCCGGCCAUGCUUUUGUAAUGAAACACAUUUUUGUACCCCAAUUACUUUUCUUGUUGAAUGAAUCAUUG